CUCCUCCGUUCCCUGACGUGAACUGGCAGCGCAGCGGAUUGUACAAGAUGGCGAGCAGAGCGGUGUCCGCGGCUUGGAGUAGGGCGAAUAGGAUGCAGGCCUGUGGGCCUAGUCUUCUGCUUGCCAGAGGCCUUGCAUCAUCUGGUCAAAAAGCCAAAGAAGACAGCUGGCUUCGAUCCCUCUUUGUACGUAAGGUCGAUCCUCGCAAGGAUGCCCACUCAAACCUGCUGGCGAAGAAGGAGACCAGCAACCUCUACAAAAUACAAUUUCAUAAUGUAAAGCCGGAAUAUCUAGAAGCCUACAACAAGCUUUGCGAAGAGAUAUUGCCAAAGAUCCAUGAAGAAGAACAUUAUCCCUGUACGCUAGUAGGGACUUGGAAUACAUGGUACGGAGAACAAGAUCAGGCAGUUCACUUGUGGAGGUAUGAGGGAGGAUAUCCAGCAUUGACAGAGGUGAUGAGUAAACUCAGAAAAAACCAGGAGUUCACAGAGUUUCGCAAAGAACGGGGCAACAUGUUGCUGUCUCGUAAAAACCAGCUGCUUUUAGAGUUCAGCUUCUGGAAUGAACCUGUCCCAAGGCAAGGGCCCAACAUAUAUGAGCUGAGGUCCUACCAGCUGAGGCCUGGAACCAUGAUUGAAUGGGGAAACCACUGGGCUCGAGCCAUAAGAUAUCGACAGGACGGCAGUGAAGCUGUGGCUGGCUUUUUCUCACAGAUUGGACAACUGUACAUGGUUCACCAUUUGUGGGCUUACAAAGACUUACAGAGCAGGGAUGACAUUAGAAAUUCAGCCUGGCAGAAAGAUGGUUGGGAUGAAUGUGUCUACUAUACAGUUCCUCUUAUACAGGAGAUGGAAUCCAGAAUUAUGAUCCCAUUGAAAAGCUCUCCUCUACAGUAA